CUUGUUCAAUUUAGACAGCAACCUCACGUCAAAGAUGGCGGGCGCCUCCGACCCUCUGGAAGAGAUGCUGUUCUCCGAGGUGGACGAGAAAGCGGUGAGCGACCUGGUGGGCUCGUUGGAGUCGCAGCUCGGUGGCCCGAACAGCGCGGCCGGAGCGCACGGUGAGAGCAGGGGCGGCGCGCACACAGCCAAGCAGCACCCGGGGCGCGCGCUACCUGCCCGGGUAGGCACCCCAUCCGAGGACCAGCCACAACAAGGGCAACAUGCAGCUGCGAGGAGCCAGGACGCCAAGCCUGCACGCAUCAGCCCGGACACGCGCGCCAAGCCGCCUUCUCUGGGCUCCGCCGCGUCCCUCGAGGAGGGCUCGACUUCAGAGACCGGCGCGAGCGCGAGCGGUGUGCAGUCACAUGGACCGUCUGCCAGCAGCGGGGUGUCCGACGGGGUAACUUCUCCGCCGGUCAGCAUCCACGCGGGCAACAAAGGUGCGACCCCGGGCUCCGGCGAGACGUCGGGGGCAUGCGAUACUCGUCCAAAACACCUCUCUCCAACCGCGCGGAGUACGCGCGCGGCAGCCCAGAGUUUGAACGGGGACGGCGGCGCCGUAACGUCCACCAACUCUCCAACAGACCCCGCUGCAACCGACGCGUCCGCGGCAGCGGUCUUCAGCAGUGCAACGGCAACAACAUGUGCAAAUGCGACGACUUUUACCGUGUCUAACGCCGGCGCGUCCGCGACGGCCAUUGCGCUGGACAGAGGGACUCCUACGAUAGCUUUGCGCAGACUUCCGAGUCAUAUCGUGGCCAGCAUCGCUCAGAGCAGGAACGGCACCGCCGUUUCGGCGCUGGUACAGCAGGCAGCGCGCACAGGAGAGACGAGUCCCGCUCCACAGGUGAACCACGCCAGGAACUGCGACGGUGCGGAGGCCAAGUCGGGAGCGCCCUCCGCUUCCAAAGUAGUGGUUCCCGGUCAGCCCGGGACCGUGAACUCGGCGAUAAACACCGCGUGCUCUCCGCCCGUCGUCAGCCCGAGCGCUGCCGUUACGUCUGCGCCCACGGCUGUCAAACCCACCGCCGCUGCGGGCGCUCAGACGCCAACGACGGCCGGGAUGCUGAGGCCUGCGCCCCCCGCUACGACCCCCCUGGCCAGCACGACUCCAGCUCAGACCCGAGCGGGGCUGGCGCCUCCGCCGAGGAUUGUAGCUCCUCAGCUCAUCGUUAGACCCCCACAGCAGCAGACAACGAUCCAGCUGCCCCCUGGGUUUACUAUCCCACCAGGCAUGGUGUUGGUUCGGACUGAACUGGGCCAGCUGGUGCUGGUGCCGCAGCAGGCUCUGGCCCAGGCCCAGGCCCAGAGCAGCCUCUCGCCCCGGCCCACCACCCCUACCGGCGGCGCCGCCUUCCGGGUCGCGACCCCGCAGAGGGCGCCGUUGGCAGCGGCUGUAGCGGUGACGGCUCCCCAGCAGGUCCCUGCCACCCUGGGCCCCCAGGGGCCACAUGGUCAGCCCACGCUGGCCCCUCCCAGCACGGCUGGCCCUGCACCUGGAGCGCCUGUCGUCUCCCAGGAAAUGCAAGAAAAUGUGAAAAAGUGCAAGAAUUUCCUGGCAACGCUGAUUAAAUUGGCAUCCCAUAAUUCCCCUUCCCCCGAGACGUCUCGGAACGUGAAGGCACUAGUGCAGGACCUGCUGGAUGCCAAAAUUGAACCGGAGGAGUUCACCAACCGUCUGCAGUCGGAGCUGAAGUCUUCACCGCAACCAUACCUGGUCCCUUUUCUGAAGAAAAGUCUGCCAGCUUUGCGUCUCUCGCUGUUAAACAGUCAGCAGUCCCUCGUUCAGCCUCCUCAGGCGGCUAAAACCAGCGUCUCCCCAGCCGGUGCAGUUGCUGGGACUGUCACUCCGGGCAACGCCACCCGGCAACCCAACAGCACCCCUGUGUUGCCACAGGGCAUUAAGAGGGCAGGGGCAGUGGCAGGGCAGGUCCGUAUGCCAGUGGUCAUCACCCAGACGGUGCGGGCAGCAGGUGCUGUAGGGAAGGCUCCCACCAUCCAGACGGGCAGGAGUCCCACUGCCAUCGGUGUUCAGCUCUCAGGGACCCAGAAGAACAAACUCAAUGACCCUGGGGGAGGCUCCUUCAGGGAUGACGAUGACAUCAACGAUGUGGCGUCCAUGGCUGGCGUGAAUCUGAACGAGGAGAGCGCGCGCAUACUGGCCACUAACUCAGAGCUGGUCGGAACGCAGAUCCGGUCCUGUAAGGACGAAGCCUUCCUGCCCACAGGACUACUGCACCGCCGCGUCCUGGAGAUGGCCAGGAAGUUUGGGGUGACGGAGGUGCCUCUGGAGACGGUGAACUACAUCUCCCACGCCACGCAGGCGCGUCUGCGGACCGUGCUAGAGAAGGUCUCCUCCAUCGCUCAGCACCGCAUGGACUCCGGCAAGGAUGAGGACUGGUGUGAACAGACCUCAGAUGUUCGCUCCCAGCUGAAGUUCUUUGAGCAGCUCGAACGGUUGGAGAAGCAACGGAAGGACGAACAGGAGAGAGAGAUUCUCCUCAGAGCGGCCAAAAGUCGCUCAAGGCUGGAGGACCCUGAGCAGGCGCGCUUGAAGCAGAAGGCUAAGGAGAUGCAGCAGCAGGAACUGGCCCAGAUGAGGCAGCGAGACGCCAACCUGACGGCGCUGGCCGCCAUUGGCCCCCGCAAGAAACGCAAGCUGGACUCACCCGGCGCCACGGCGACUGGCCCCGAGGUGUCGUGUGGCUCCGCCGGCUCGCCAGCGUCCUCGUCUGUGCUGUCGGCGUCUUCGCGCCAGUACCCUCGUCUGCGAAUCACCCGGGUGAACCUCAGGGACUUCAUCUUCUACCUGGAGCAAGAGCGGGAGACCAGCCGCUCUCUACUGCUCUACCGCGCUCUGUUGAAGUAGCUUAGCGCAGCCAAUAGGGGGCGCCUCAGCCCCGCACCAGGCCGUCCCAAGCUUCCUACAGCACCCUGCAACGUGCCUUCAGCAAGCUUUCAUGUUUCCUGCUCUCAACGUCUGUCGUAUUGUCAUUGUGGCUUUAUAUAUAUAUAUAUAAUAUAUGUAUGUGUGUGUGUGUGU